AUGGACUACGAAGAAGAUUCAUCAUUUAAACCAGAUCCAGUUUUCACCAAUUCAAAGCCAAAAUGGGUCGACGAUGCAGCAUGCCCAUGUUGUCAUAAAUGCAAAACUAAUUUCACAAUAUUAAAUAGAAGACAUCAUUGUAGAAGAUGUGGUUUAAUUUUUUGUAAUAAAUGUUCAUCAAACGAAGCUAAAAUCCCACAAUUAGGUUUUAAUUUUGUUCCAGUUAGAGUUUGUGAUGAAUGUUACAGAAUGGUUAAAAUGUAA